AUGGCAAACCGACCCACCCAGACACUGUCUCUGGCCCCGUCUUCAGACACAAUGAACGACAUCAUCUUCUCACAGCCAGCGAGCCAACCAGCUCAAAGUCAAGCUCCCCAGACGCCACGCAAACCAGCAUCACCAAAAGAUGUCAUACCACAGACUCCUCCAUCCAAAUCCCUAGUCUCCCGACAAAAGAACAACAGCACCACCAACUCACCACGCCCUCAUCUCCCCUCCACACCCCCUGCACCCCCAGAAGACCACACCUUCCUACCCGCCACGCGCCACGCCCUCGAACUCGCCCUCGGCGAAGCCUCCUUAAACCGUCACGAAGUCCUCCUCCAACAAGACAAAAAGCACACUCAAGACUACAUCGCGCAGCUCCAAGACGCCGUUAAACAGAAAAACGGCAUCGCGCCAUCCACGCAAGAGCCGCUUCUCCGCAAGGAGAUUACUAUGUGGAAGGCUAAAGCGCAGGAGAUGGAUGAGAGCGCCAAGACGGAGAUGCAGUUGCUGCGGGAGUGUAAUGGGAGGAUGGAGGAGGAGAUGAUUGCGGUUCGAGCGGUGGCGGAGGGGUUGAGGAGCGAGGGGGAGGGGGAAAAGAUGCAGAAGUGUCGGGGUGAAGAGGAUGAGAAACGGGCGCUGCUUAUCGAGGGGCUUGAGGGCGACAAAGAGGAGCUGCAACGCGUACUCAAUUCUGUGGUGGAUGAGAACCAGGAGUUGAAGGGUGAGGUUAAGAAUUUGAAGGAAGAGGCGAAGGAGUUGAGAGGUGCUGUGAAUAGAGUGGGGGGUGGGGAGGGAAAGGAAGAUAAGGACGGUAAGGCGGAGAAGAGGAAGGCUAAGAAUGAGAAGAGGAGGGCGAGGGAUAGGAAGAGGAGGGAGCUGGUAUUGGUUAAGGAGAAUAUGGAGUUGGCGGCUAAGCUUGCGGAAGUGGCGAAGCAGAAGAGUGUUGCGUAUGAGGAGGGUCCCAAGGUUGAGGAUGAGGUUUGGGAGGGGUUUGAGGACAGUGAUGAGGGCGAGGAGGUGGUACAAGAGAAGGAUGAAGCUGUGUCUGGUUACAAGAGGAAGAGUAAGAAGAAGAAGGGGAAGAAGGGAAAGAAAGUUAUCAAGGAGAAACAGUGA